AUGGCGGCGUCGCCUACCGAGCUCGCAGCGUUGGAGCAAUGGUUCCGUGCAAACCACGGCCAUCUCCAUCCAGGCAUCCACCUCCAGCACGACGACAUCUUCGGCGUGCACUACCGAACACGUGCUACCAUUGAGGCCGGCGUCUGCGUGGCUUCGGCUUCCCACGCCGUCGCUCUCUCAUACCUCAAUGCGCUGGUCGACGAGCACUUCCCCGUCUUCCAGCAGCAGAGGCACCGCUUCCCCGUUGCUGCCGCGGGCUUCUUCUACCUCAUGUCACAGUGGGUGAACCGUGAAAUUUCGUUCUGGAAAGCCUAUCUCGACACUCUUCCCACGCCCGAGGCCGACUUUUCCCAGCCGUUGUUCUUCGAGCAGGCAGCAGACACGGCUUGGCUGGAAGGCACCGAUGUCUGGCACACCGUACGCGCUCGCGAGGAAGUGUACAGAAAUUAUUUCGACGAUGGAAUUGCCAUUCUCAGGCAAGAAGGGAUAGAUGUACAGCCAUACACGUGCGAUCUCUGGACGACGUAUAAAUCCACGCUGGAUGGCCGCCGGGAAGCUGUGCUGCUCGACAUGUCUGCAGUUCCCCGCGAGGAUCUUGAAUUUCCCGUCCUGUUUCCGGGCCUGGACGCCGCUAACCACAACCCGAGGACCAAAGUCGACUGGGUGUUUGAUGUGGCACAGUUCAGCGUCAUCGUCGCCGAAACCAUCGAGGCUGGAGCUGAAGUGUGCAACAACUACGGUCCAAAGGGCAACGGAGAGCUGCUCAUCGGCUACGGUUUCUGCAUUCCCGACAAUCCUCAUGAUACUGUGGCGUUGACGUUGAAAGCCCCGCCCAGAGAACUGCAGUUACAAAUACAACAAGCCCGCCCGGCAUAUCUCAACGCAUGCGGUGACUGGAACUCGGAGAAGGCCACCUUUCGCCUUGGACGUCCACGGUGCGAACUGUCCCAUGCCAGUCAUCUGUUCUCAGAGCUCCCCGAAGCCCUGCUCGAACUACUCGUUUACAUCCUUCGUCACGAACGUGGCCUGCCCUUCCACGCCAUAGACGAACCUCGCCAGUACCUCGACUCGGAAGGAAGGCGUUAUCUACCACACAUUGCUCGCAUGAUAGUUCAAUCACUAAACGCGACCGCCGUCCGACUCCAAUCCGCCAAGCUACCCUCUGAACCCCAAAACUGCAAACAACAGCAGGCAGCGAUUUACAGGCAGGGACAAGUCGACAUCAUCAACGCCCUCAUCAAUACCCUAAAGACCUACACGCGCUCUCUUCUCUGGCAGCCCUCCCCGAACCAGAGCAUGCCCACCCACCCCUGCCUCAUCCGUCUGCAAGAUUUCAUCGACGCUUCGAAAUCGUCCGGCACGCUUGAUGAUGCUUUCCUAACGGGCAUCGGCGCCAGUGCCAACACCACAGAUCUCACGGAAUUGCGUCUGGCGGAAUGGGAGGAGGAUGUGUGGGUACUUGCCCUGUGCUAUUCUCAUCUCGGCUCCCACCGUGUCGACAACAGUCGCAGUGAGCCGAUUGACGACUCCACGGGGCAUGAGCCAGGGCAAGCGGGCGAUUUGAUGGACAUCGUCGAUACUGCCGCGUCCGUCUGCCCGGACUCGAUUUGGGCAAACGAGCGCUGGAGUGCAAGUUAUAUCGCUAGCAUCGGUGGACGGAUAUUGCAGCAUGAUAGCUUCAUGAUCAUGUGUCCGAAGCCUGGGCAUGAAGAAGUUGCCGAACCCACAUUGUGCGUCUAUCUGGACUCAUGGCCUGGCGGAUAA